UCUAGUAGCAGUAGCAGUUUGUAUAUAGAUUUUUUGUUACCUACAACAAUGAAAAAGAAAUGUUGAAAAGAAAUUCUUUUGCAUUUCAGUGGAUGAGGAAGCACAUUUUCUAUGUGCUCUGGUCUUUUUUGUGGUUGGGUGUACUUUAUCUUUUAUCUUCCCGGAGUAACAAUGUCGAUCAUCAACCCGCACCCUCAAACCAGAGAUUGCUCGAGGAGAGACUGAACGGACUGGAGACUAGAUUAAGAAAACAGAUUGAGGGGAACAGUCAGCUCUUAGAUAAAUAUAGAUAUUUAGCCGCCAAUGCUGAAGAACAUGUUCAGCAGGUUCAACAGGCGGACAAUCAUGUGAAUCAAGAGUCGGGAGGAGUGGAUAACAAGGACAAAGAGGAGGAGCGUCUGGAGGAGAAGAAGGAGGUUGAGGAAGAAGAGAAGGGCACGGAGAAGAACGAGGAUGAGGAGAUAGUUCCUGGAAAGGAUGAACCGGGACAAGGAAAACCUAAUCAAGUGAUUCCUAUUCUUCUCUUUGCUUGCAACAGAGUAACCGUGAACAAGGCCCUGGACCUAUUGAUAACCUACAGACCGGACAAAGAACUCUUCCCUAUAAUAGUUACCCAAGACUGCGGGCAUAAGGAGACAGCUGAUGUUAUUAAAGGUUAUGGUGAUCAGGUUAUCAGCAUUCAACAACCUGAUCUCUCUGAACCUGCGGUUCCUGCAAAGGAAAUUAAAUUUAAAGGAUACUUCAAGAUUGCAAGACAUUACGGCUGGGCGCUAAACCAAACCUUCAAUGUCUUCAAUUACGACCAAGUUGUGAUAGUUGAAGACGACCUGGAAGUGUCCCCGGAUUUUUAUGAAUAUUUCUCCGCGACAUUACCUCUGCUGAAAACGGACUCAAGUCUGUGGUGCGUGAGUGCCUGGAAUGACAACGGGAAGCAGGGGUUAAUCGAUGAAAAUGCCGCGGAUCUUCUUUACAGAACGGACUUCUUUCCGGGAUUGGGUUGGAUGAUAACAAAAGGUAUUAAUAAUAUAAUAAAAAUAAUUACAUGUUUUACUAAUUUUUUAAAUUCUGACUAUCCAAGCAAAAUAUAUAUAAAGAUUUAUCAAAUACUUUUUAAAAACUUUUAUAGUUAUAUUGCUGAUGUAUAUGAUGCCCCUGUACAUUCACUGGAUGAAAUUAAACAGGGUAAUAUAGAGGAGGAGGGGGCAGUACGUAUUACUUACCGUACAAAGGAAAAUUUCAAGCAGUUCUCUAAAGCACUAGGAAUUAUGGACGAUUUCAAGUCAGGAGUGCCUAGAAUGGCUUACAGAGGUGUGAUAAGUUUGAUGCAUAAGAAUCGACGUGUAUAUCUAUCUCCUAACCUAAACUGGGCCGGAUACAACCCAACCUGGUCAUAAAUUCCUUACACGAGAUUAACACGUCCUGAAUCUUGACAUCUGUGAUAAUUGUUUGGUUUUUACAUUUUUUUUAUAUAUACUUAGAAUAAAUUAUUGCCGUUUGGGUCUUGUUAGCAAAGACAACUAUGGUUCAGUUGUUAAAAUUAAUUAUUUUUUUGCCUUUAUAUUUACAUUUAUAGACGUGAAGCGUGCUUUUAUUUAGAUUACACUUGUUAAAUUUUCAGAUAAAAUGAAUUCUAAAUCUAUGUCAUAAAACGAGGCCUAGUCGGUAUGAUUAGGUCACACUUCGUUCAGGAACUGUGCAGAGAGCAAUGAAGAAUAUAUCUGGGGGUAGUUGUUCUUAGAUUUAGUAACCUGUAAUUGUAACCAAUACAUUCUUGUUUUUAAACAUUACUUUCAGACUUUCAGACUUGGUCUAACUAUGUAGUUCAACUUGUUUACUCGAUUGCAAUUUUCUAAUUUUAAUUUCAGA